AUGAGGGCCGCGAAGGCGGCGGCGGAGAGGACGGAGGACAAAGAGAUAGACUUGCUUCUCAGCGAGAUCCCCCACGUCACGUCCCCGCAGGGGCGGCAGCGCGGGGUGGGCGUCAUCGGCGACGGCAACGGCAACGGCAACGGCAACGGCGUGCAUGGCGCCUCGGGUUCCGACGGCUACACUUCACCAAUGCGCAUCGGGUGCCGACGGGUACACUGCCCCUCGGGUGCCGACGGGUACGAUGCGCAGCGCCACGGCAAGGACGCCUACUACGACAUGGUCCUGAACCGUCGCGACAAUGGUGCUCCACUCCAUGGCGGCGAUGCGGGGGCCGUUGGCUUCCCCGCGCUGGGGGUGGACGACCAGGAGCAUCAGCUGGUCGCGAACCAGCUCCGCGGUCUGCGCAUCGGGGACGCGCAGGCCGCGCUCCAGCGCCAGGGCCCGCCGCCAGUCAUGAGCGCGGCCACGACCGAGGUCCCAGCAGCGCACGGCGCGUACCAUGGGUACAACUUCGCGGCGUCAGGUUCUUCCGUCCGCCAGGAACACAUGUUCCUUGAUCAGGCCAAACCUGUCGGGUACGUCGCAGCACGGCCGCAUCGCUUCGUGUCGGACGUUGGCCUGGAUGACUAUGGUGGUUACCCCAGAGCCCUGGACACCAGCAUUGGCGGUUUCAUGUACAAUAGGGUAGGGCAUGGCACUGGCAUUGGUUGGUGCCAAGGUUUGGUGCAGCCUGAUUUCGCCGAGUCCUACCUGCUUUCCAGUCAGGCUGGUGCAGAGUUUUCCAGCUCGAGUCCGGUUGCCCUUAAGCGACACUAUGCGUAUGGUGGUGUCCCUGUGGCAGCCAACGGGUUUGCGAGAGGCAUAAAUCAGUUUGAUGCAUUCCAUUGUGACAACAGUCUGAUGUUUGAUGGGAAGAACAUGAACUUCCUGGAACGUGAGAGGGAGAGGAGAUUCCAGCGUGUCAAUAGCAGGGCACUGGAGCUUGGGAGUUCUAGGACUUUGAGGUUUGACAAUGUGGUCCGUGUCAAGGAAGGAUCCAUCUACCACAUGGCCAAGGACCAAAAUGGGUGCCGGUAUUUGCAGGACAAGUUUUUGGAAGGGAAGCAUCAUGUCGAUGCGAUCUUUGAAGGAAUCAUUAACCACAUUGCAGACCUUAUGAUCAGCAGUUUUGGCAACUAUCUUGUACAGAAGAUGCUGGAAGUGUGUGAUGAAGGGCAAAGGCUGAGGAUCAUCUUAGUGCUGACGCAGGACCCUGUGAAGCAGCUGAUUGCCAUCUCUCUAAACACACAUGGGACCAGGGUAGUGCAGAGAUUGAUAGAGACUGUUAGGAGCAGAGAUCAGAUUAUGCUCAUCAUUUCAGCCCUACAGCCAAGCUUCAUGCUGCUUGUCAAUGACCCCAAUGGUAAUCAUGUAAUACAGAAAUGUCUGACAAACUUUGGAGCUGAGGAUAACAAGUUCAUAUUUGAGGGCGCUGCAGCCAACUGUUUUAACAUGGCGGUACAUCGCCAUGGAUGCUGUGUUCUACAACGUUGCAUAUCUAAUGCACGUGGUGUAUACCAGGCCAAUCUAAUUGUGGAAAUAUGUGCUCGUGGCUUUGAGCUUGCUCAAGAUCCAUUUGGGAACUAUGUGGUCCAAUAUGUUUUGGAACUGAAAAUUCCUUCUGCAAAUGCACACUUGGCAUCUCAGUUUGAAGGAAAGUAUAUUUAUCUCUCAAAGCAGAAGGUGAGCAGCAAUGUGGUGGAGAGAUGCCUAAAGUUUUUCCCGGACGAUGCCAAAGCUGUCAUAGUACAUGAAUUGCUCUUGCUCAGCGGGUCUCACUUUGAGCAACUGCUGCAAGACCCUUAUGCCAACUAUGUCAUUUACACUGCCCUUCUCCACACCAAGGGCCAUCUGCACAGUGCCCUUGUUGAAGCGAUCCGCCCUCAUGAGGAUGCCAUCCGGACCAGCCCCUGUUGUAAGAGGAUCUGCAGGGCCCUGUCCAGGAGGUGA